GUGCGUUUUCCGCCUUAUAAAUUCCCAUUUUCCCUCUCUUUCCCGAGAACCAAACAGAAAAUUCCCAACUCCGUUCCCUUCUAAACCCUAUCUCUCAUCUUCUAUAUCGCUUCCAGUUUUCUCCGCCACACAUUCCCAAUCCCACCUUCAAAUUAUCUUCCUAGAUUCUUCUUUCUUUUCAAUUUCUUCCCAUAACCCAUUUCUUCUUUUCCUAAAUCCUUCCUCAUUUUUUUGAUUCUCCUCCAUGAAUCCCCUGUUUUCCUUCCUUUUCCACCUCACAAGCCACUAGCCUCCUGUCCGUCAUUGUUUCCCCUACAAUCAUGGCCAUUCCUUAUCUCCCCAAAUUUAUGGGGUCCGAAAAUUCCUCCAUCGCCCCACCUCUUCUCUCCCCUUCGUCUCUUCCUCUCUCUCCCCCCAUUUUCACUCAGGACGAUUUCAAGAAAGCUGCCGCUUACAAGGCCGUCGAAUUCGUUCACUCCGGUAUGGUUCUAGGCCUUGGAACCGGCUCCACUGCUAAACACGCCGUCGACCGGAUCGCCGAACUUCUCCGGCAGGGGAAGCUUAAGGACAUCGUUGGAAUACCCACCUCCAAAAAGACCUACGACCAAGCCGUUUCAUUGGGAAUUCCUUUGUCCGAUCUCGAUUCACACCCUGUCAUCGAUCUCGCUAUCGAUGGCGCCGACGAGGUCGAUCCUGAUCUCAAUUUGGUGAAAGGCAGAGGCGGCUCACUCCUCCGUGAGAAGAUGGUUGAAUGUGUUUGUAAAAAGUUCAUAGUCAUUGUAGAUGAAUCGAAGCUGGUUGAGUUCAUUGGUGGAAGUGGUCUCGCGAUGCCUGUUGAGGUUGUGCCUUAUUGCUGGAAAUUCACCGCUGUUCGUCUUCAGAAUCUCUUCGAGGAAUCCGGUUGCGUUGCCAAGCUUCGGACCGUCCGAGGAGAAGAUGGGGAUGAACCUUAUGUUACGGAUAACGAGAACUACAUCGUGGAUUUGUAUUUCAAGAAAGAUAUCGGCGAUUUGAAGGUCGCAAGUGAUAGAAUCUUACGGCUGGCCGGAGUUGUUGAACAUGGUAUGUUUCUUGACAUGGCUACCACAGUUAUUAUUGCAGGGGAGCUAGGGAUUACAAUAAAGAAUAAGCCAUUAGAAUAAUAACCCAUUAAUGGGAUGAGCUUAGAUUCAAUCUAAAUGUUAUAGAAUUUUGAUUUUGGGGAAAUUCAGAAAAGGAGGAGUUUGGUUUGAUAGAAUCAACCCCUUUGAUUAUAUAAACUUGAAAAAGAGAGUGACAAUCAAAGAGGGUCAUUGUAGCUGUGAUUGUGACUGUCUUUGAUUUUACAAUAUGUUUAGUUUAGAUAGAUUAGUUGAGUUGAGAUGAGUUAUUUAAUAUAGGAAGGAAGGGGGGCAGUCCAAUCCAAUGUUUGAAGGCUUUCAAUAGUAAUCUCUCAUAAAAUCUGCCCAUUAUUCUCUGUUUUGUUGCACUUCUUCCUGGUUUUUUGGUUUGAAAUAUUCAAUGAUUUCAACCAUGA